AUACAUGCUCCCCUCGCUUUUGAUUGCGACCGCAUAACGAAUCAUAACAUUUACUCUCAAAUAUCUUUCUCUUGAAAAAGAAAGAAAAAAUACAAAUAUCAAUAUUAUCCGUAAUUUAUUGAUUGCAGUGAAAAUUAAUCGACCCAAAUGCGAUGUAAUUUAUUGCCGUAGAUCCUGCUGAUCCGAUUCAGUGAAAUUCAAGCAACUUCAGGUGAAUUUACCCUCUCGACUGACUGAAAUUAGGUGGAGAAUCGGAAGUUAAGAUGGGGAUUUAGGUGUGAUUUUCACAAGCAAGUGGAAAUUCGAUGGAAGCAUGAAGGAUUUUGAGCUCCGUGGCGGGAUUUGAAGAUAUUGCGCCAAAAUUUCUGUGCAAAAAGGAUGGCAACUCCAGUGGAACCUCCAAAUGGGGUUAGAUCUCGAGGAAAGCAUUAUUUCUCCAUGUGGCAAACACUUUUUGAGAUAGAUACAAAAUAUGUGCCAAUCAAGCCUAUUGGUCGAGGGGCCUAUGGCAUAGUGUGCUCUUCGAUCAACAGAGAAACCAAUGAAAAGGUUGCAAUCAAGAAGAUACAUAAUGCCUUUGAAAAUCGUGUUGAUGCAUUGAGAACCUUGCGUGAACUGAAGCUUCUCCGGCAUCUUAGACAUGAAAAUGUGAUAGCUCUCAAAGAUGUAAUGCUUCCUAUACAGAAGGGAAGUUUCAAGGACGUGUACUUGGUUUAUGAGCUUAUGGAUACUGACUUGCAUCAGAUCAUUAAGUCCUCUCAGACACUUACAAAUGACCAUUGCCAGUAUUUCCUUUUCCAGUUACUAAGAGGUUUGAAGUAUCUACAUUCAGCAAACAUUCUUCAUCGUGAUCUGAAGCCUGGUAACCUACUCAUCAACGCAAACUGUGAUCUCAAAAUAUGCGAUUUUGGGCUUGCACGCACGAACAGCAGUAAAGGUCAAUUCAUGACUGAAUACGUCGUCACACGCUGGUAUCGGGCUCCAGAACUCCUCCUUUGUUGUGACAACUAUGGAACCUCCAUCGACGUGUGGUCUGUUGGUUGCAUCUUUGCUGAACUUCUGGGUAGGAAGCCCAUCUUUCCGGGUACGGAGUGUCUUAACCAGCUUAAGUUAAUUAUCAACAUCCUUGGUAGCCAAAAUGAAGCUGAUCUUGAAUUUAUCGAUAACCCCAAGGCAAGGAAAUACAUUAAAUCCCUCCCUUACUCUCUUGGAACCCCUUUUGCCCGCCUUUACCCCCAUGCCCAUCCUCUGGCAAUUGAUCUGUUACAGAAGAUGCUCGUCUUUGAUCCUUCAAAGAGGAUCAGUGUAACUGAAGCACUUCAACACCCUUACAUGUCUCCUCUGUAUGAUCCAAGAUGUGAUCCUCCGGCCCAGGUGCCAAUCAACCUAGACAUAGACGAGGAUUUAGGUGAAGAGAUGAUUAGAGAAAUGAUGUGGACGGAAAUACUGCAUUACCAUCCAGAAGCUGCCACAACAAAUCUGGAGUUUAGCAUGUAAGCUUAUGUUUUCUCCACAAGGUUGAAGACCUGGAGUUUCGGUCAAAGCCUAGUAUUUUGUUUUCUAAACGUCGUCGGAACAUUUGUAUUAGCCUUUUAUGCACUUCUUUUUGUCUUUUUAUGUUUUACAUCUCUCUAUUUCAAUAAUCAUGAGGAGCAAUGCAUUAACAGUUUGGGCUGCUAAUGUGCUACUAUUAUCUGAUUUGGGAUGCGGUUCAUGGGCUUGAGCUUUUUAUGACAAGUGCCUUCUAAUUUGUACAUAGGUGUGUUGUUGUAUGCCAUGAACAUUCUCUGUACAUUAGUUAUUAUUACUAUAUGAAAAAUCUGUCGUGAUGUAA